AUGAAAUCUUACAUUUCUAUUACAGCAGCUGCUCUACUUGGAACUGCUUAAUCCUCUUAACAUUGGGCUAUUAACCCAGAAUAAUUCGAUCGUUUUAGAAUAGCUCAAAUUGAAGUUCCCUAAGUUUAAGAUUUCGCUCAUUCAUUCAAGUUUGAUAACUCAGGUAGUUAUAACGAUAUCAAUCUGGAGAACAAUGAGCAAACUCAUCACAAAAAGAGAAGCAAAAGAAGCCAUGGAAAUAACUUCGCCACAGAUGCCAGCAUCAAGAAUACUGGCAAUGAUAACAAAUUCACAAUUACCGAAAAUGGAAAGCUCUACGUUCAAGGAGGAUUUGGUACUUACUUGCCCGAAUAUAGACUAUAUGAUGAUUUGAGAGUUGAAGACUUUGCAAGUUCUUUCAAAUUUGAUAAUGGUGGAUCAUUGAACAAAAUCGCUAUUACUAACAGUGAUGCUCCUAAACACAAGAAGAAGUCAUCAGGCUCAAUGUUCGGUGAGAACUUUAACUUUAAAAAUUCAGGAGACGGUAACGCAAUUUCAUUCUCCAAUGGAGACUCAUCAGAUGGAACUGAGACAGAUUUCUCAAAGAAUUUCAAAUUCACUAACAGUGGAAAGAAAAACAACAUUGAUAUCACUAACAAAGGUGGAUAGUUUGCUAAGGAUUUUGGUCUUGAUAACAAAGGUGGUGAUAACAACAUUGCUAUCACUAACUAUGGUGAAUAGUUUGCUAAUGGUGCUAAUAUUAAGAACUCUGGAUCUCAAAACAAGAUUGGAAUCAUAAAUAAAGGCGAUGAAUUCUCAAAGGGUUUCAAUUUAGACAACAAAGGAUCUAAAAACAGUAUUGGCAUUAAGAAUGAAGGAGAUCAAUUCUCAAAGACUUUCUCAGAGACUAACAGUGGAUCAAAGAACAAGAUCGGAGUAGUUAACAGAGGUGAGCAGUUUACUAAUAAUUUCAAAAUGAAUAACAAAGGUUCGGACAAUUCAAUCGGUCUCAACAACUAUGGAGAUAAGUUCUCUAAAACCCUAGACAUGACUAACAGUGGAGCUAAGAACAGCAUUGGAAUUAAUAAUCGUGCUGGCGAUCUAACCAACAACUUGAACUUCAAUAACAAAGGAUCUGACAACUUUAUCAGACUUAGAAAUAAAGGUGAUCAGUACGCUAAAAACAUCAACAUGAUUAAUAGUGCCUCAAGGAAUGACAUUGGUCUCGAAAACAAUCUUAAUGUCUAAUAAUAUCCAUACUACUACACAGUAGCUCCAUACUACUAUCCAUAUUGA